UGACGUCACUGGUGACCGGAUUGCCGCAGCUGUACAACUGUUGAGCUUUCAAGUGUAAUCGGAGCUGAAACCAGCCAAGUUCAGCAGCUGCCUGGGAAGGAUCCCUGUGCUCCACCUUCUCCGUCUUUUUCUUUCCUCUUUCCUCCCCGGCUCCCUAGAAAAGCGCUUGCAUGCUCUAAGCGCUCUGUGCUGCUGCCAGGAGAGAGCUUCGGGGGGGGGCUGUGUCCCCAGGACCAUGCAUUCUCUUUGCAAAUAAGCAGCCUUGUUUGCGGCAAGCUGUGUGGCGCUGGAUUUCUGCAGCUUCAAGGCGUGCCGUUCCUGUUCUUCGUUUCUGGGAAGCCAUGGACAAGAAACAAGUGAAAGGCAAGAAGAAGCGGGAUCUGAAGAUAACAUGUGUCCCCAUCAAGCAGCCAGUUGUGACCACAACGCCUCCAAGGAACUUGGACUCCAGAACUUUCAUUACUAUUGGAGUUAAAAACUUCGAAGUGGAAGCCGAUGAUUUGGUGACGAUUUCAGAGCUGGGCCGUGGGGCCUACGGUGUGGUGGAGAAAGUACGGCACGCACAGAGCGGCACCAUCAUGGCUGUGAAGAGAAUCCGGGCAACUGUGAACACUCAGGAGCAGAAGAGGUUACUGAUGGACUUGGAUAUCUCCAUGAGGACAGUAGACUGUUUCUAUACGGUCACCUUCUACGGAGCCCUCUUCCGAGAGGGCGAUGUGUGGAUCUGCAUGGAGCUGAUGGACACCUCUCUGGAUAAGUUCUAUAAGAAAGUGCUGGAGAAGAAGAAGACAAUCCCCGAAGACAUCCUGGGGAAGAUGGCCGUGUCGAUUGUGCGUGCGCUGGAACAUUUGCACAGUAAACUGUCAGUGAUUCACAGAGACGUGAAGCCGUCCAACGUGCUCAUCAACAAGGAAGGACAUGUGAAAAUGUGCGACUUUGGCAUCAGCGGCUACUUGGUGGACUCGGUGGCUAAGACCAUGGAUGCAGGCUGCAAACCCUACAUGGCUCCAGAGAGAAUAAACCCCGAGCUGAACCAGAAGGGCUACAACGUGAAGUCGGACGUCUGGAGUCUCGGAAUCACGAUGAUUGAGUUGGCCAUCCUCCGCUUCCCCUACGAGUCCUGGGGCACCCCCUUCCAGCAGCUCAAGCAAGUGGUAGAGGAGCCCUCACCCCAGCUGCCUGCAGAUCGCUUCUCGAGGGACUUUGUGGACUUUACAGCACAGUGCUUACGGAAGAACCCGGCAGAACGGAUGAACUAUUUAGAACUUAUGGGGCACCCCUUCUUCACCUUGCACGACACCAAAGAGGUUGACAUGGCCUCCUUCGUGACAGAGAUCCUCGGGGAAGACUCCUAACUGCUGAGCUUCACGGCCAUGGCCAGCCCCUCACGCCUGCGGCUUGGCCUCCCUGCCGGAGAGAGACUAAGGACUUGUGUCCACGGUGGUUUGCUCAAAGUGUGUCUCCCCUGCCUGGUGAACCCGCUAGCGGCCUGGCUUUUAUCCCACUCCUCUGAGGCCGCUGCAGGAAGAGCCUGGGAACUUCACACACCCAGAAGUCGGCGCGGCAGUGACCGUCACCCAGGGCAGAGCGGGCUCCGCCAUUCCCCGGCUGGUGUGUGGGGGGUCCAGGUGAAGGAUUCCCAAGGCCAGGGGAAGGGCAGGCAAGUUGCAGUGCCCUCCCCUCCCCCAGCACCACCAUGCUGGCGGCUUGGAAUAGCUUCGUGUCUCCCCGUCUUACGCUGCAAGGGCCAAGAGGUUCUUCCUGGAGUCUCCAGACCCCUGUCCCUGCCCCCGGUUCAGGGCUUGCUCCCUGGAAGCCCCUUGUUGCUCUGCUUUCCCUGCAGCCCUGUCACAGGACCACCCCUGGGAGUCUGGCGGGGGUUGUCUGGAGAGCUGCACGGCUGCCUCUUGUGGGAGGGGGUGGCAGUUUCAGCCCCCGUCUUCACAAGCCAGUGCUCCCAGGCAGCCCCAUGCAUGGGGACCCCUUCCUACCCAGAGUCCUGUGGGGUAGGCCUCCCCCCAACCCCGCUGCUGGGGUAGGGCUCACUAGACUGUCGAAGUGAUCUCUGGGAAGCAGGUUCAAACCAUGCCCCUCCUUGGCCUGAGCUGUUGCCACUGCACCCUCGCCAGGUGGCUGCACAUUCCCCCGUGACCCUAGCCCUACACGCGUGCACAGGUCAUGCCCCCGUCUCCACCGAGCCGUGCCCGCAGCCCGGGGGAGAGGAGGCGGCUCUGUUCUGUGCACGCACCCCCCUGCCCCUGCACCCCAAACACCGAGUAGAUGUCGACGCUGCGCUUGGUGCCCGUUGGCCAUCAGUGAGUCUGGGCACUGAACGGGUUCCCCCUAGGGACCCUUCUCCCAACCCCAGGGCUCAAUGAAAGGCAUCGGGCACCAUGGUUCUUGCUUGCUCCCCAGCCGCUGUUCUGUGCCAAGCUCACACCACCCGUUCAGCGUUCACCAAAAAAAGAAAAGCUCUCUCAAACCAGCACCUUGCCCAGGGGCUGCCGACUGUUGUACAUUUUUUCUGUCUAUAUAUAAUGGACUUUGUAACCCAAUUCCUCGCUGGGAUGAACAAGCUCUCCAUGAACCCCUUCCUUUACAAGAGGACGAGGGCACGGGGGGUUCCUCCUGGUCUAACAAAUCCACUGUGAAAACCUGAGGACACCCCUCCUUGCUUCCCAGCCUGGGAGGUCUAUGUCCGCCCGGGGAGUCAGAGGGGUUUCUACCAUCUGCUGUAGCUGCUCUCCCAAUGAACGCGCUGGAGGUGGAUUUUGUUAUUUUAAUUCGGAAUGAGUUUUCAGAGUGAUUCCCUCCCCACCUUUCUAAUAUAUAUUUGUGUGUCCAUAUGUGUGUGUGCGUGUGUGUGUGUACAUAUAUACAUAGAUAUAUUUUUAAAUCAGUGAUGAACGCAGACGGACAGGUCUGUGGCCAGCCAGGUGGGUGGGAUGAUGGCUGCUGACUUCUGGGUUUCAGGUCUGUUGGGGGAGGGGGUCACACACAGACAUCUGGGCCCAGAUCCUUCUUUCUGUAGAAAUGCAGCUGUUUUGGAACCAAAGCUUUUAGAAAAGCCGUGUUGGGGCCUGGGGCAUAGGAGGCCUGGGCGUAGGGGCGGAUCCACGGACGUGUGCUCUGCUCCUCGCAAGAACCCCAGCUCGAGGCCCCCUGCACUACUGGGGCACCAAGUCCAAGCAUCCCAUCUGUUUCUCUGCACCACCAAGUUUCCCUGCACCACCUCAACUAGUUCUUCUGACUGGAGAUGGAUGCGGCCUGUUUUUCUCCAUGUCUCAUCCCAGUCCCUGGCUUGGAUUCACCUGCUGUAACGAAGGCAAAGUAUGAAAGCAGCUAGUCCCUUCAACCACUCCCUCCUCCCGCCUGCUCUGCAAGCUGCCUGAGGCAGGUCGUGGGGACGGUGCGCUGUACAGUUGUCCUUUAUCUUUGUGCUUGCUUCGGAUUGUUUUAGUUUGACUUGGAGCUUUAUUCUUCCCCCGCGCUGGGGCUUGGUUAUUUUUUUAAUUGCAUGGGAUUUGUGGCUGGCUUUCAUCCCCCUGGGGGAAAGCCCUGGGUCUAGAGUCUGGAUGGAGUCCUGAAACCCCUUCUCCUGGUCAUGCGGUUCGGGGAAAGAGAGGACUCCUGCCUUGCAUACCUGGGCAUCGUGUCUAGGGCACGGCUUUCAUGCCUCGGUGGUGUGCGUCUUCCCACACAGGGAGACGGAUCUCACCCUAGCUUUGCUUCAGUUGACUGCAACUUCAUCCUCCCCACAAGUCUCCUUGCCCUCUCCUCUCCAAAGCUUCCCCCCCUCUUUUUUGGUUCUGUUCUGUUCCUUCCCCUCCAGGGGUUUUUCGGGUGAACUCCAAGUACCUGUUUGGGACCCAGCUGAUCUCUGAGGGGGGAGAGGGCAGUGCCUUGGGAGAAGGCCCUCUCGCCUUCUGUGGAUGAGCACGGUCUGUAACAACGAGAUGAAUCAUCGUUCUCAAUAAAUCAUGCCCUCACACCA